AUGGAAUACUUAUCUACCUUCACGGCUUGCUUGCUGCUCCUGGCAGGCACUCGGCAGGGAACGGCUCAGAAUGCCCUGCAUGUGCAAGCAACGCAAUGCGAGCCUCCAAGGCAAUGCACACCCCGGCACUUGUGUGAUAGCAGCAGUACCACAAUUGCCGACGGACGAGCUCUCAUUGACUUUCGAUCAUACGAUUUCAGUGGCCGUAAUGAAGGCUGCAACUACUUCCAAAAGUGUUGUGCCCCAGCAGAUGUGCGGACAGCCGUGCCGGAGCGGGAGUACGUGCCCGGACUCUGUGGUAUGCGCAAUUUAAAGGGCCUGAGCAUAACGAUUCUAAAUGGCCAACACAGUGAGUCGCAGUUUGGUGAGUUCCCGUGGAUGGUGGCCAUAUUGAUCCACGACAGCCUCAACAAUUUCAAAUCUAUGGGCGGAGGCAGCCUGAUUUCUCCCCGAGUGGUGCUGACCACAGCCCACAUCUUUCAAGAGGGCAUGAAUGAGAUUGUGGUGGCGCGCGCUGGGGAAUGGGACAACCGCUACACGUACGAGGCGCUGAAACAUCAAGAUCGCCUAGUCCAGGAAAUCAUCACUCACCCGGAUUUCGAUAAUAUGACCGGUUUCUUCGACUUGGCUCUGCUGAUUCUAAGCCCUCCGUUUAAAUUGGAUAAGCAUAUUGGCACCAUCUGCUUGCCCAGCCCUGCAGCCAUCUUCGAUUCCAGUCGGUGCACCGUCACCGGCUGGGGCAAACGUGGCUACAGUGAUAAGGACUAUCCCAACAUUCUGAAGAACAUCGAGCUGCCGUUUGUUGAGCGCAACAAGUGUGAGAAUCAACUGCGUUACAAUACUCGCCUGGGCCGAUACUUUGAGCUGCACGAGAGCUUUGUGUGCGCCGGCGGAGAGAGGGGCAGGGAUGCCUGCUUCGGCGAUGGUGGUGCACCACUCGUAUGCCCCAUAACCAAAGGAUCCGCGCGCUAUCAGCUGGCCGGCAUGGUGUCCUGGGGCCUGGGCUGUGGCGCUGAGAAUGUGCCCGGCGUCUAUACGAAUGUUCAAAUGAUGAUGCCCUGGAUCACGGAACAGCUCUCAUUAGCUAACCAGGAAUAA